AUUAUAUCUCCCUCGCCUCAGCAACACUCUUAGUUGCAACACCUCAAAACCCAUACGCAUGGAUUCUCUGCACCAGCCCCUGCCCUUGGCGCUCUUGUUCAUCGUCCCGCUCCUCUUACUCCUCGGCCUCCUCGCUCGAUCUCGCCGGCGCUCGCCCUUCCCGCCUGGGCCAAAAGGCCUCCCCAUCAUCGGCAACAUGCUGAUGAUGGACCGGCUCACCCACAGAGGCCUGGCCAAGCUCGCCUCCCAAUACGGCGGCGUUUUCCACCUCAAAAUGGGCUUCCUCCGCAUGGUCGCCAUCUCCGACCCCGACGCCGCUCGCCAAGUUCUUCAGGUCCACGACAACAUCUUCUCCAACCGACCCGCCACCAUAGCCAUCAGCUACCUCACCUACGACCGCGCCGACAUGGCCUUCGCUCACUACGGCCCCUUCUGGCGCCAGAUGCGCAAGGUCUGCGUCAUGAAGCUCUUCAGUCGCAAGCGGGGCGAAUCGUGGCAGUCGGUGCGAGACGAGGUGGACACCGUGGUGCGCACCGUGGCCAGCAACACCAGCAAGCCGGUGAAUAUCGGUGAGUUGGUGUUUUCGCUGACAAAGAACAUAAUAUACCGAGCGGCGUUCGGGUCGAGCUCGCAGGAAGGACAGGACGAGUUCAUAGGGAUAUUGCAGGAGUUCUCCAAGUUGUUCGGAGCGUUCAACAUCGCGGACUUCAUCCCUUACCUCGGGUGGAUCGACCCGCAGGGACUGAACGCCAGACUGGCCAAGGCACGAGCGUCUCUGGACAGAUUCAUAGACAAAAUCAUCGACGAGCAUAUCCAGAAAAGGAGGAGUAAAAGCGAUGGCUGCGGCGAUGAGGAAACGGACAUGGUGGAUGAGCUGAUGGCUUUUUACAGUGAGGAAGCUCAAGUGAGUGAGUCUGAGGAUCUCCACAACUCCAUCAAACUCACCAAGGAUAACAUCAAAGCCAUCAUCAUGGACGUGAUGUUUGGUGGGACCGAGACGGUGGCGUCGGCAAUCGAGUGGGCGAUGGCGGAGCUGAUGAGAAACCCGGAAGAUCUAAGGCGGGUCCAGCAAGAGCUCGCUAACGUGGUCGGCUUGGAUCGCAGAGUUGAAGAGUCCGACUUCGACAAGCUCACCUUCCUCAAAUGCGCCCUCAAGGAGACUCUGCGCCUCCACCCACCCAUCCCCCUGCUCCUCCAUGAGACCGCCGAAGAUGCCGAGGUUUCCGGCUACUAUAUCCCCAAGAAGUCACGUGUCAUGAUCAACGCGUGGGCCAUCGGGAGGGACAAGAACUCUUGGGAAGACCCGGACUCCUUUAAGCCUUCUCGAUUUUUGAAACAGGGCGUGGCGGAUUUCAAGGGAAGCAAUUUCGAGUUUAUUCCGUUCGGGUCGGGUCGGAGGUCAUGCCCCGGGAUGCAACUCGGACUCUACGCGCUGGACAUGGCGGUGGCUCACCUUCUUCAUUGUUUCACUUGGGAAUUGCCGGACGGGAUGAAGCCGAGUGAGAUGGACAUGAGCGACGUGUUCGGACUGACCGCUCCCAGAGCGAGUCGACUCGUUGCCAUUCCCAGUAAACGCGUGGUGUGCAACCUCUCUUAGAUCUCAUUCCAGUCCUUCUCUCUGUGGUUUUUUGUUUUUGUUUUUUUGGUCUUUGAAAUAUCUGUCAAUUAUAUAUACUGAGUAUAUGAAGAAGGGGAACAACAGCAACAGCAACAAUAAUUGAUUCCAAAGAAAGAAGAGGAAUCUGGGGGGAUUUAAUUGUCUUGAAGCAUUUGUUCAUUUGAUCUUUAUGCCAAAUCAUUUAGGUCGUUCGGUUGUAAUUUGCCCCUUUUCUUUGUUGAAGAUCAAUGACUUACCUCGGAAUAAAAAUGCAAUCGCAACCUUAUCUCGAAA